UAGAUCUAACAUCGCAUGUCACUCUUAAUAAAACGCUGCGCAUGGUAAGAAAGAACAUGAUUGAUCAAAUAUCUUGGUUAUUUGACCUCGCUUUGAUAGUUCCGACUAUUAAGAGUCAGUAUCGCGGUGUGAGAAGGCUCUGAUCCGAAUCGCAUUGGCAGUAGUGCUAAAGGAAGCAAAUUGAUUUUCCUGCGCUUAAGCGAAAAUUUUGAACUCUUAACUUCUUAUAGACAGUGAAGUCAGACUUAGUUUCGUCACCAGUUGAUGCCAAUUCCAGAAUUUGUUGAUGCCAAUUCCAAACUAUAAUACUAAGAACAAAAAUACUGUAGUGAGGCCACUUAUAAAUUUCGAUUUAGUUUAUGGUGUAGCGGAAGCACCAACUGACAACGCAAUCAUAUUUUCAGUUACGACCAUAAAUUUCAAGUUUUAGAGCUAAGGUGUUGGGAAUCUGUAUCGCCGAGUCGAAAAGCGGAAAAAAUAUUGCUGAAACAAAUCUCUAGCUAGUGAGUCAUGAAUAGCGUCUCCGAGACGCACUUCUCACUGCGUCGCGUAUGAGCUUCCCUCGGUAUAAGCAUUGCAGAAAGAAUGUCGAAAAUUUGUGACCGCGAACUUGUGCCGCAGGCAAGCGGCUCGACUCAGCAGCCACUAUAUUAUCCUGUCCUGUAUCGUCGCGCACUCGCACCUCAGUAGCGCGCCAUGCUGCGAUGAAUGUGGUUAUUGUGAGCGUGCUCCAUCUCUUUUGUGUUGGCACGUGUUGCCUUGUGUCUUGUAUAUCUGGUGUCAUUCCUUGCUUUCUUUAUAUAAUAUAGGAGUCAUACCGCCUUGGCCCAGUAUGUAAAUGUAGAAAAUUUUUACCGGCAAUUUUGAUCUGUUAACAAAGAAUUGGGUAAUGAAUAGAAGCUGAUGUUCAAUGAGGUUAAAAAGUUGAAAUUUAGGUAUGGCAUGGGAGAAAAUUCAAUUUAACAACUUAUACGCGUUCGAGGCAAGAGUGUAACUGUUGACAGAAUGUGUGUGAACUCAGUGCAGAAAGUAUUUAUUUUAGGAAAGAAACGUCAACCCUCCUUAGCAAUGAGACAUUAAAGAUAAAACUCAGUGAGAAUCUAUACGUUAUAGACGCAUCAUCCAACAGCGAUACGACACGACCAUCGAACAUCUGAGAACAUGGCGGCCAAUGAGAGCGGCCCGUGGGUGGACGACUUUGAAGGGAGUGGAUUCCUGAACACAACCGAAGCGACGCACGCAAUGUCAGACCUCGAGCCUGAGAUCGAACAGAUGAAGGUGCAGCUCGAGGAGAUGAGAUUCGUCGUGCAAAUCGUGCUUGUUCCCUUCAUCACUGUGAUCGGAGUGUGUGGCAAUAUUAUCACCAUUGCAGUUCUUACCAGGAAGUCCAUGAGAUCAUCUACGAACUUUUACCUCACAGCCCUAGCACUGUCAGAUAUGCUGUACUUGCUUCUCUUCUUCUCGCUGAGCUUGCAACAUCACCCUGGGAUGAGGGAACCGCACACUUGGGUCUACUGGCACUUCUCGCGCUUUGCUAUGUGGUUCGUCGACGCCUCAAGUGCAACGUCAACCUGGUUGACUGUCACAUUCACAGUCGAGCGCUACAUCGCCGUGUGCUACCCGAUCAAGAAGAAUGUUUUCUGCACGCCGUCCCGCGCCAAGAAGGUCAUCAUCGCAGUGUUCGUGCUGUGCUACAGCCUCACCGCGUCCACUCCUCAUGAGUGGCACGUCGCUGAGGUCCCUGUAGGAUCUGGCAACGACUCCUCCUACAGGAUGGCUCUACGCCCCUCCGACCUGGGCAUGAACGGCGUCUACCAGCAGGUAUUCUACUGGUUCAGUGCAGUGACCUUCAUCUUACUGCCACUACUGCUUCUCUCAAUUUUCAACUCGUUCCUGAUCAACACUGUGAACAAAAGCACGGCUGAGCGAAGCAAGCUCAGCGAACGGCCCCGCCAUGACAAGUCUGUGAACAGAGCGCAGUCUCAGGAGAAGAAGAUAACCCUCAUGCUCAUCGCUGUUGUCGUACUUGCACUUGUCUGCCAAACCCCCGCUGCCAUCGCACUGCUCUACACUUCCUUCCAUACUAUCACGCCCAAAUCCAAGGACGACUACGUGAUGCGAUUCCUCGGCAACCUCUUCAACCUGCUGACGGCCUGCAAUGCUGCCCUCAACUUCGUGCUGUACUGCGCGCUCAGCGACAAGUUCCGUAAGAUCUUCAUGGCAACUUUCUGCAAGCGCUGCGCCCAGAAGCCCUCGCCGCAACACUCGGCCAUCUCCGCCAGCUAUGCGACCUCCGACAGCCACUCCAACAGGAUGAGACGGGCCUCGUCUUCACCCUACAGAACUUCACCCAAUACCAGGAGCAACAACUCGUCGCCGGCUCACAGCUCGCUCGCCGGCUCAGUAGCAAACCAGCCCCUGCUCCCGGCUCCCUCCAAUCACACGCCCGGCACGAACGGCGACCAAAAUGCGCCUCUGCUGCAAAAAUAGUUACCGUGGCUUGCUAGUUUCCGUAAGCUUCCACUGCUUUAUACACAACACAAGCCUUGCAGCACGGUCGUUGCUGAGAACGGGCUCGUGGUGCUAGAGUCUUGCCCCGACGACAGCGACAGACUCAGUGCGUCCAGCAGUCACAUCGGCCUCGCUCACCGAUCUCGACCCAGGAAUCCCGUUUCCAGGUUCCUGCGUACCAUCCGCUCGUCAUAUCGUAACAGAAAUCGAAGUCCUUUCAGCAGCAAACAAACCAUAAUCAUCACAUGCCAUAGACCUGCAUCUGAAGCCCACUCUGCUGUCUGAAUGCAUACCUUUUUUAUUUGCGUAUGCACUGUCGUCUAGAAUUCGGCUUUGGGCUUCUGAUAAAUUUGGCCUUUAUAGACGUACUUACUAGAGUGAAAUGAUCUGCUGGAUGGAGUGAGGCGAUCCAGGUGUUAGAGUGAACCGAUCCAGAGGCUAUAGUGAACCGAUCCAGUGGCUAGAGUGAACCGAUCCAGUGGCUAGAGUGAACCUAUCCAGUGGCUAGAGUGAAACAAUCGAGGGGCUAGAGUGAACCGAUCCAGUGGCUAGAGUGAAACGAUCCAGUGGCUAGAGUGAACCGAUCCAGUGGCUAUAGUCAACCGAUCCCGUGGCUAGAGUGAACCGAUCCAGUGGCUAUAGUGAACCGAUCCAGUGGCUAGUGGGUAGAGUGAAACGAUCCAGUGGCUAGAGUGAACCGAUCCAGUGGCUAGAGUGAAACGAUCGAGGGGCUAGAGUGAAACGAUCGAGUGGCUAGAUCGAGUGAACUGAUCCAGUGGCUAGAGUGAAGCGAUCCAGUGGCUUUAGUUCUUGAAGCAUUCGAACAUAUUCCCCUGAUAAUUUUCAGUUAGCUUCAAUUAUAUGCAUCAGCAACUGCAUAUUAAACAAAUCUUCAUAGUAGAAUACAACACGUUUCUGUAUCAGUCGAUUUAUCAAUAUUCGUCGCUAAUCUACAUAAUGUAUUGACGAGAAUAAAACAGAUUUUAACGCAUAAUCAUAAUUUAAUGCUAUGGUGACUUUUGGUGGAAUGCCCUCGUGGUCCAUCAAUCAAGUUCUAAGUUAGCAAUAGUUUUUGUACAUACGUAUAUAUUGGCUCCUAUUUUUAUUCCAAGAUUUUCGAUACUUCUUAAAAUAAUUGAUUAUUAGCAUCAUUUUAUGCGGUGUUUAAACGGUUAAAAGUUCUUUCUAUGUAAAUACAAUUUUUCGUUCGUUCCAUGUCUGUCAAUUGUUAUUUACUUACAGUUUCGCUUACCUAUUUCAAUCAAUCUUUUAUUGAUGUUGAUUCCUGUAGCUAAUCUUUGGAACAUUAAAACAGGCUAUUACAUCAACAUUAGACGGGCUAAUGACAUCAAACAUUAUUAGACGGGUUUAUGAUAUCAAUUAUUAGACAGGCUAUUGACAUUAGAUAUUGCCGAAUAAUGAUAUCAAACAUUAAUUAUGACAUCAAACAUUAGGCAGGCUAUACAUUAUCGUCAAAUUAUUUUUUAAUGUACUUGCAGAUCAAUGCAUACAUGUGAU